AUGGAUGGCCUCGCCAUCGCCCUGCACAGCAUCUACCACACGUCGACGUUCAUGGCCGCGAUCUCUCGGUGCAUCAAUUUCCUCGGGGACUCGGACUCGCACGGUGCGAUCUGCGGCCAACUUGCCGGGGCGUUCUACGGCGCCUCCGCCAUCGACGAGCGGCUAAUCGCAGCGCUCGAGGUUUGGGACCAGGGUGAGAUCGCCCUGAGAGCGGCGUUGUUGUACUCGCUGGGUGCGGACUUAUCAGAGGACGAUGUGGCCGCGGCGAUGGCAGCCACGACUCGGGGCGCGGAACCCAACGUCGCAAAGAAACCAAAGGUAGUGAACGAUGCACUUGUUGAAAGCGGAAUUUGUGUGCCGCCGUCUUCCGCUGGGAAGAGUGAGAAGCAAGAGAAGGAGGAACCGAAACACAUCAUAGAGUUGAUGGCCACGUGUGGUGAUGAGACGUCUGGCUUCGCGGUGUACCCUCGCACCCACUGCCCGCACUUGCAGCAGCACGGGGAGCUUCCGAAGCCCCCAUGCAUCAGCAUGUGCGCGAAGUGCUCCGUCUGUGGAGAGGACCCGGACGAAGUGUGGAUCUGUGCUUUCUGUGGCGCCAGCCUGUGCUCGCGCUACAAGAACGCGCACAUGCUGCAGCACUCGGCCGAGGAGGGCCAUGCCGUGGGGCUCUCGCUGUCCGACCUGUCCUUCUGGUGCUUCAAGUGCGACUCAUACCUCGACGUAUUUGCGAUCGAAGCGCUGCACCCCCUGUACACGGAGGCCCACGUCGCCAAGUUCGGCGAGCGCCCGCCGCUGCCGAGCUCGAUGCGGGUCGUCCUGCGCUGGCCACGGAGAUAUUCCCUGCCUGCUCUCACCGGAGUUCGCACGGCUCAGACAUGCCUGGUCCCGGCGGAGCUCUCGGGUGCAGGUGCCCUCAUCGCGCGGAGUAAGAUUGGGCCAGGACGCUCCCAGUUCGUGCGCCACAACGGCCUGGUCUGGACGCAUUGGCUUGGACGUGCUGGGUUCGGCCGGCACCCCACGCCGGCACCCCACGCCCUUUUUGACGCCCUUCCCGACGCCUUUCCCGACGCCCACAACGAUCCCGGCGACCACGACGUCUUUCUCGACGCCCACAACGACCCCGACGCCCUUCCCGAUGCCCACAACGAUCCCGACGCCCUUCCCCACGACCUGCCGGUAGGCCGAGCCAUACCCGCCGGGAAGACCGGGCAGGAAGGCGUGGCGGAGCAGACCAGGCUGACGCUGGCGGACCUCGAUCAGCGCCUCGCCGCCGCCGGCACCGACAAGAGCAGGAUCAUCGACGCCGUGGUUUUCCUGAACGACGUGUCCACCCUCCCCGAGAUGGACGAGGUCUGGGUCGGCUGGUGCCCCGAGGGCGGCGAGCCCUCCCGCUGCUGCGUGGGCGCCAACCUCCCGCACGGGAUGAAGGUCGAGAUCAAGGUCACGGCGGCCGCCGGGGACGCGUGCGAUGAGCUGCCGGAGGCGGCGGCGGCCCCGGAGGACGAGGCUGCCGCCGAGCCGGAGGCCAGCGAGCGCGCGGCGGAGGCGAAGGGCGACGGCAAAGGCGGCGGCGAGCUGGCCGCCGAGGAGGCGGCGUACGUGGAGACCAACGACGAGGGCGGGGAGACGAACGGCGAGGAGACCAACGACGAGGCCGGCAGGCCCGAGACCGACGUCAGCGCCCCAGAGGUGGAGGCGGACACGCCGCCCCAGGAGGCCGGCAGGCCCACCGCCGCAAGGCCUGCCGCCGAGGAGGAGGCCUCCCAGGAGCCCGCCAGCGGCGGAGUGCUCGGGGGCAUCUUCGCCACCAAGGGCAAGAAGAGGCUCAAGAACAUUGCGGCCCCGCGGCCCGCGGGCAAGGACGACGCCGCGCGCGCCGCGGAGGAGGCCGCCGAGAGGGCUCGCCUCGAGGAGGAGGAGGAGGCGGCCCGGGAGCGGCGGCGUGCCGAGGAGGAGGCUGCCGAGCGGGCCAGGGCGGAGGAGGAGGCGAGGGAGGAGGAGGCGAGGCGGCGAACCGAGGAGGCGCGGGAGCUCGAGCGGGCCGGCGAGGGCCGGGAGCCAGAGGAGAGCGCGGACGCCCAGGAGACAGGCAGAGAAGACCUGGACGAGGACCAGGACGACGAGGAAGAGGACGAGGGCACCGAGGACAUGGACGCCGCGACAGACGAGGUCGAGGUGGCGUCUGCGGACCCCGAGGCGGCGAGCGACGACGGGGAGGAGCACCCGAGCCCCCACGCCGCGCUGCUGGCCUUCCGCUGCUGCGACGGCGGGGGGGAGCCGCCGGAAGAGGUGAUGACGCUGUCGGCGAAGGAGGACCCCACCGGGUGGAAGCCCGAGGACAUGCCGAAGGGCCUCUCGAAGUCCGGGCCCCAGUCCUGGAGGCGGUCCGAGGUCGAGAGGGACAGGCGGCCCGGCGAUCGAGCUGCGGCCAUCUUUAAGCCCAGCCAGACCACGAUCGUCGCCCCAGGCGAGAAAGGACGGUUCCGUGACGACCUUGUGAUCCCUUUCUCAGAUACCGGAGCCAGCGUGGACCACGCCCAACUCGAUUUCGAUGUGUACCAAAACUGCCAGGACUACAACUCUCUGUGCAAGUACGCCGCCAAGGUGCAUGGGUACAAGUCCAGUAAUGCGCAUGAUGCCAAGACGGCAGAGAAGGCCAGUGAGGCUUAG